UUGACCUAUAUACAUACACAUGUAUAUAGAUGAGUGGAGUGCCUAAAAGAAUUACCACAGCAAGCAAAAGCGCGGUGUCUAUCAAAGUUCUUCCACACGGUGGCACACAGCAAAAGAUAAGGUCACAUAUUUGCAAUCAAGGGAAAAAAAUAUGCGCAUAAAACAUACAUGUAUUGAUUUACGGCAUCAAAGGACAGACUAUUGCUCCUACGUGGUUAUGUACACGUUUUCUUUCGCCUCAUAACUAUAUGACUACAAUUCGACAUGCAUAACAAAAGCGAUUAUUACUUGACAAAUUCAAAUAACAACAAAAGUACCAAGAAAGAAAAAUCAGUACCACAUUACAGUAGUGUGGACAAUACAUUUAAUUAUUACAAUAACGCAAACGUAAGUGGUGCCAGCUGGAGCCGGCAAAAUCAAAAUCUGCCAUCAAAUCAAGAAUCUACAAAGGAGGCCGUUCUCAAGAAUAUAUCUAGAUCGAACUACCGUCAGGCACCUGGCCAUUGGGGCCUCGAUUCUGCGUGCUGUGCUGCCGAUCAACGAAGUAAUAUCGGUGUGGCGUUAUCAAACAAGAGUCGAGGAUACAUCUACCAGCCAGUUCGUCAAGCAGAAGAAUAUUUAAAUGGUACACAGCACAACAUGCGUGACUAUAUCGCCGGCAACGAUGAGCCAAGGGUGCUAAAAACAGAUAUUUUCGCGGAACAGGAACAAAAGAACUGGAAAGCAAGAACAACUCGUAGAACUGAUUAUCUGGAAAAUAUCCCAGAUAGAGAUAACGUCCAGAAUUCUCCAUCGCCAGAACCAACAUGGGAAUCUAUACUAUCAGAAGCACCUACGCCGUAUCAUACGACAAGCCAGCACUACGAACACUAUUUUUCAUAUUUUUAUAACCGUGGAACUAAAACAGUGUCGAAUCUUCCGUCAGUCACAAGUAACCGAAAACUGCCAAUGACUGAAUUUCAAAACUCCCCAGGUCGACGAGACCCUCGGGAUGUUAAUGCGACCACUGCCGGUCAAAGAGAACCAUCAAAGAACGUUGGUCGUAAUUCGCCAUUCGAAAAACACGUGCUAAAGGAAAAAUUACCCAGUAAUUAUUUGUCUGUCGAUUAUAGCGACAAUGGCUGGGCAGAAGCUGUAGAUUAUCCUGAAUCUUUGCUGAAGAAGACUGGAGAAGAAUAUCUGGAUAUAAAAGAUUUAUAUGACUCUGAGGCUAUUGUAGAAACUCAAUUCGAUCCUAAACAUCGUCGCUUUAGAUUGUCUGAGAAUAAGCGAGCUGAUUCAGCUAAUAACAACAAUGAAAGUACGGAAAAACCUUUAGAUCAGAAGCCGCCACGUUUGCCUGUGAAUCAAAAAAAAACCAAAGGAACCACAUCUUCCGUUAAAAAGUCAUUGACCACGGUUCACAAAGUCUUGUUGUACAGUACCCAAAGUCCGCGAAUGGGGCGCAAGCAACAGUUCGCGACACAUCGAAAUUUAAACGCGAAAAACCAAAUCUCCAAGUCACUGGGAGCCGAAGACGAGUUUCCCACAGUUCUAUUAGUUGAUCCUGAAUCCAAAGAUGAAGUCUUUCGAAGUCAUGUAGACUCCGAUCGGAAUCCUGAUUUCGACGAUGACGACGACUUGGACAAUAUUUCAAAUUUCGACGAAAGUGACACUGAAAGCUUGAUCUCCGACGCUGAAGAUGGCUACCGGGCCCAUGCUUAUAAGCUUACGCAUUCCGUGGAUAGAUUUACAUCACCCCAAAGCACACCAAGUUUGUUGUCGGAUCAGUCUUCUGAAUCUGACCUUAAGAAUCCAGACUCGCUCUUGGUACCCAGUUUAUUUCCCUACGUACCACCGUAUUUGUCCUUCUCAUCGAACACAACAAAGGGUCCAAGGGUUCCGCCGGAGCUCCAUAGAGUGCUCAAGUGGCGGGUUACCAACAUAAUGCCUAAAGUUGUGCGCCUGAUUCUAGCCAACAGCGGAAUGCGAAUGUUAAAGAAAACCAACGAUUGGAUGGGAGUGUGGGGCAAGCAUUUAAGGUCGCCUUGUUUCAAGACCAUCCGUUCAUAUCAGAAAAUAAACCACCUGCCAGGCUCCUUUCGCAUAGGAAGAAAGGAUUCCUGCUGGAAAAAUUUGCAAAGGCAGAUGACCAAGCACAGCAACAAAGAGUUUGGCUUCAUGCCACGAACAUACAUUAUCCCCAACGAUCUAUGUGCAUUACGCCGGCAUUGGCCAAAAUACUCACAGCGCAAUACUAAGUGGAUUAUCAAGCCACCGGCCAGUGCGCGAGGGGCUGGUAUUCGCGUGAUUAAUAGAUGGGGACAGAUCCCAAAGCGAAGACCACUUAUCGUGCAAAAAUAUAUAGAGCGUCCACUACUUAUUAAUGGUAGCAAAUUUGACUUGCGUCUGUAUGUGCUCGUUACAUCCGUAAACCCGUUGAGAGUUUUCAUGUAUCACAACGGCCUGGCUCGAUUCGCUUCAGUAAAGUACAGUUCCAGGGCAGACACUUUAGGCGAUAGGUGCAUGCAUUUGACAAAUUAUAGCAUCAACAAGUUCUCUUCUAAUUACUCAAAAAAUGAAGAUGUAAAUGCCUGCCAUGGUCAUAAAUGGACCAUAAAGUCUCUGUGGACAUAUUUAGCUAACCGAGGGGUCCGAACGGACUGUCUGUGGGAAGCCUUGAGAAGUUUAGUUCUGCGGACCAUUCUAGCUGGCGAGAAUGGUAUAAAUAGUAUGAUUAGAGCAAACGUUGAAUCAAAAUACAGCUGCUUUGAGCUGUUUGGCUUUGAUGUAAUUUUGGACUCAGAUUUAGUUCCGUGGCUAUUAGAAGUUAAUAUAUCUCCAAGUUUACACUCUGAAUUGCCAUUGGACUCCCAUGUCAAGGCCCCCCUUGUACAAGGUGUGCUAAACACGGCACUGUAUAACGUGCCUCCAAAACUGACUCAAGAGAAGCAAAAAGAGCUAGCUGCCGAACUCUCUUUUCCAAGUGGCACACCAAUGUGUUACGAUAAGCGACUCUACAUAAACUAUUUAUCUCGCGAAGAGAAGGAAAAGCAUAACACAUUCACACGAAAGUCGAUGGACGAUAGGAAUGAGUACAUAGACGCAAUUCUGCAUAAAUUAACUCCUGAUGAUGUACGAUGUCUCAUCAUUGCGGAAGAUGAGUUGGCACGAUGCGCACCCCUAGAACGUAUCUUCCCAACUGAUCAAACUCAUAAGUACCUAAAAUACAAUGAUACCCCACGAUACUACAACCGUCUGUUAGAUGCCUGGGAGUCGCGCUACGCAAACAAUCGUGCGGAGGGCAUCGCAUUGUUACGAGACUAUUGUCAAAACAAAUAUCAUCUCCAAGUUCCAACAUCUCCAAACAAAAAGGUCUCGAACGAUAAAUGUGAACCACUAACUGUCAAGACUGUAAUUUCUUUAGGAGAAGAAGAAAACUAAUGCUUAAAAUCAAAUCUCCCUUAAAUUCGCAUAAAGAACGUCGUGAAAAGAGCAUGGCCUAUCAAAAACACCAACAAAACCCUGGCUUUCCAUUAGAAAAAAUACCAUUUGGCCCAUUAUAAAUUUAACCCUAUUUGGAAAUUUAGUGUUAAGGUUUAAAAGGUAUUCAAUGUGUUCGGCCUCUAAGAAAUUAUAUAUUAUGUAAGACAAUUAGUAAACGCUAAAUAAGAGUGAGUUAUUAAAAUUAUAUGUUAUAUUUCUAUAUGGAUUA